AUGGAUAGAAACAUUCUUGAUGCUGCUAGUGGUGGAGCACUUGUCGAUAAAACUCCAGUUGAUGCCAAAGCCCUGAUUGAGAACAUGUCACUCAAUUCCCAACAGUUCACAACCAGAAAUAAUUCUAUGGUCCAAACAAAAGGUGUGAAUGACAUUCAGGUUUCCUCUUCCAACAAGGCUUUAGAAACCAGAAUUGAAGAACUUACUUCUUUAGUGAAACAAAUGGCAAUGAGUAAACCUCAAACAACAAAGUUGUGUGGUAUUUGUACUUCUACUGAACAUCCAACUGACACAUGUCCUAUUCUUCAAGAUGAGUCGGUCACUCAGUUGCCUCAAGCAUAUGCAGCUAACUUUUUCAACCAAAACAACAAUCAGAAAGGGUACAACAUUCCUGACUUGUCCACCAACAAAUAUCACCCCAAUUGGAGGAACCAUCCAAACCUUCGAUAUGGAAACCAGCAGCCCACCCAACAACAAUUAGUCACACCCCUGCCACAAACCACUCCCCAAGUCUCCACCUCUGCACCUUCCGGGCCUUCAUUAGAGGAUCUUGUCAAACAAAUGGUUGUGAACAAUCUCCAAUUUCAGCAACGAACAGAUUCCAGUAUUCAGACUUUGCAGACACAGAUUGGACAGCUUGCCACUUCGAUGAAUGCCAUGCAGCAAGCCCAAGGAGCAAACCAACUUCCUUCCCAAACAGUUGUGAAUCGAAAAGGUCCUAAUGCUAAUGUGAGUGCAAUUUCGUUGAGAUCCGGGAAGGUUCCAAAGUAUGCAAAAUUUCUAAAAGACUUGUGCACAAGUAAGAGAAGGUUGAAGGGAAAUGAGAGAGUAAAUUUGGGAGGAAACAUUUCAGCCCUUAUCCAGCUUAAACAUUCACCUGAAAAAGCUACUAUUUCAUCCCUCAAUCAGCAUACAUGUUUAAUCAUUCAACUGGCGAACAGAAGUAAUGCUCGCCCUAUUGGAGUAGUGGAAGAUGUGCUUGUUCAAGGUAACAUUUCUCCUACAAGUGAAGUUGUCCAUGAAGUUAUUUAUGCAAUUGAAGCUCUCGACAUCCCGGUUGUCCCAAACACCCCAUCCAUUGAGCAACCACCUUCCCUAGAGCUGAAACAACUCCCUGAAAAUCUAAAAUAUGCUUAUUUAGAUAGUAAUGAAAAACUUCCAGAUGGUUGUAAAACAGUGAGGCAGCCCCAAAUGAGGCUUAAUCCUUUGAUUCUCGAUGUUGUGAAGAAAGAGGUAACCAAACUCUUGCAAGCAGGUUACUUUCAGAUUCAUAUUGCACCAGAAGAUCAAGAAAAGACCACUUUUACGUGUCCAUUCGGUACAUUUGCUUACAGGAGGAUGCCUUUUGGUCUUUGUAAUGCUCCUGGCACAUUUCAGAGAUGCAUGAUUAGCAUUUUUGCUGAUUUUAUUGAAAAUUGCAUGGAAGUGUUUAUGGAUGACUUCACUGUUUAUGGUUCUCCAUUUGAUGCAUGUUUGAAUAGUUUAAAUUUGGUUUUAGAGAGAUGCAUCGAAAUUGACCUUGUUUUAAAUUAUGAAAAAUGCCAUUUUAUGGUCGAACAUGGAAUUGUCCUAGGUCACAUAAUUUCUAAAAAAGGAAUUUCAGUAGACCCUGUUAAGGUUGAUGUUAUUUCUACACUUCCUUACCCAUCUUUUAUUCGCGAGAUUCGUUCUUUUCUUGGUCAUGCAGGUUUUUACAGGCGCUUCAUAAAGGAUUUCAGCAAGAUAGCUCUUCCACUAUCAAACUUGUUGAAGAAUGAUGUCACUUUCAACUUCGAUGACAAUUGCAAAAAAGCAUUCGACUUCUUGAAGGAAGCAUUGACCUCCGCCCCUAUCAUCUAG